UCGGUGAAGUAAACUGAUUUUGAACGUCAUGUGUGAUUGAACGGGAGGACUGCAGUCAUCAAAGGCAGGCUUGACGGCUUCUUUCGCAAAUCUCGAUAAUAUUGGAUCAUAAUAACGUUUUUGUUGUGCAUUGGACCGAAGAAAAUGUCCUACUAACCCAAUUAAUGAUUCUCUACUUUCCAUACCUUUACUAUAGUUAGUUUACAGUUUUGCAGCAUCCUUUGUUAAGUUAGUAAUUAUCCGAGGAGUUGUUUACCCUGCAGAGCUGCAGCCAUGCAGCAGGAGCUUUUGUUCAAAGUCCUGGUCAUCGGGGACUUGGGAGUCGGAAAAACGUCCAUCAUCAAGCGGUACGUGCAUCAGAUCUUCUCCCAGCACUACCGAGCCACCAUCGGAGUGGACUUCGCCCUUAAGGCGCUGCAGUGGGACACUGACACUGUGAUCCGGCUACAGCUGUGGGACAUAGCAGGACAGGAGCGGUAUGGGAACAUGACUCGUGUAUAUUACCGGGAGGCGGUGGGAGCGUUGGUCGUGUUUGACGUGACAAGGGCCUCCACUUUUGACGCUGUGCUGAAGUGGAAGGAUGACUUGGAUUCCAAGGUGACCCUGAACUACGGGAGGCCAGUUCCAGCUGUACUCCUGGCCAAUAAGUCCGACCAGCUGGGUUCCCAGCAGCCCAAACUCGACUCCUUCUGCAGGGAGAACGGCUUUGUAGGCUGGUUCGAGACCUCUGCAAAGGAAAACGCAAACAUCGAGGAGGCAGUGCGCUGCUUGGUGGAGCACAUUCUGAACAACGAGGAGAGCCCGGUGGUAGAGCGAGACCCCAGCUCCCUCGUCCUGUCUGGACACGCUAACUCCACAAAGGAUAAUUCCAACUGUUCGUCAUGUGUGAAAUGGUAACUCCUGACCAAUCAUAGACGACCAGGAAGUGAACAGCUGUGAGGCCACGGCCACAGAGAUACAUUUGGCUCAGGGAAAUUGCCUUAGGCCACAGUGAUUAAUGAAGAAAACUGUAAACCAAGUUGAACUUUUUACCAAUGUGCAUGGGUUGUGUUCACACUGCAGGCCCACAGGAUAUCUUGAGCACAACUCUAAAUACAUUUCUACGUGAAGAUCCUUUAAAUGGCUGACAUUUCGUUUUUUUUUAAUUCAAGGUAUAAAAAAAGUCCUUAAUUUAGGAAGAUAGACAUUAACUGAAUGCCUUUGAGAUUGACCUGUCAACUUUUUAUUUUUAUCGUAAAGACUUAUAUUUUACAACUAUGGAAAAAAGUUUAUUUCUUGAAUAUUUUUUUUUUGCCACGGAAAUUGUACAGUAUGUUUUUUAUUAAGUCGUUACAUUUACACAUGAAAUGUACUAUUAUGUACACUCUUUGUACCUUCGCUUCUCUGGUCCGCUUUAAUCAUAUUUGACUUUCUGCCUUUGACAUUAAGCUGAACAGACGGCUCCUAAAACUUUGGCACUUUUGCAUCUGCAGUGUGAACACGGACUUAAACUCGUGAAGCCUUCAUGCAGUCUUUGCACUUUUCUCGGCCGAUCAUCACGAGGUCUGCUAUUAGAUCAGUGGACAAGAGUGAGUCAAAUUAAGUCAUUAAGAGAUGGAAAAACAGCUAAAACUGCAAAUGCUUAAAGUGAUCGAAAUGUUAUGCAUAUUGUGGACCCAAAAUGAGUGGUGACUAUACCACAAAGGCUUGAGAUGAUUCAUUUGAGAUCUACCAAAGUGAACUUGAACCGCAAAUUAAAACUUGUGGUUAUAUACAA